UGUCUUCCAGCAUUGCGCGCCGCGGAGAGACGAUCAUUGAAUCCAAGCGGCACAAUAAUGGCACCGCUGACAGGGAGCCUCCCUCUCUCACGGUUCGUCCCCGGCUAUUACCUGAUCUGCACCUGUGGGCGCCGUCUCCUCCCGCCGUUUACGCAUGCAAACAGACGCACGGGUGCGCGCAUCACGUGCACCCUCCACCAGCCAGGACUGGCAUUGUGCUGAGUUGACUGGAUAGCUGCUGCUUCAUUUCCAGCCUCGGCGCCUUAAAUGGGAGCGCCUCCCGCGUUUGGACGACUUGCACCUUCUCUCCAGUAACUUUGAUGGGGACUUCGACACUAAGCAGGGAAAAUGCCUGUGAUGAAGGGAUUAUUAGCGCCGCAGAACACGUUUCUGGACACUAUAGCCACACGGUUUGAUGGCACUCACAGCAACUUCAUCCUGGCCAACGCUCAGGUGUCGAAGGGCUUUCCCAUCGUCUACUGCUCCGAUGGCUUCUGCGAGCUCACGGGCUUCUCUCGGGCCGAGGUCAUGCAGAAGAGCUGUGCCUGUAAGUUCCUAUACGGGCCCGAGACCAGCGAAAGCAUCAUCCUCAGCAUCGACGACGCCUUGGAGGAGCGCAAAGAGUUUAAAGAUGAGAUCAUGUUCUACAAAAAGACAGCGGUGCUGUUCUGGUGCCUGCUGGACAUUGUGCCAAUUAAGAAUGAGAAAGGCGACGUGGUGCUUUUUCUGGCUUCAUUUAAGGACAUCACUGACACUAAAGCCAAAGCCAUCCAAGAAGACAAAAGAGAAGAGCGGCGGCGCGGCAGGGUGAAAACAGGCUCUCCAUUCAGCUCGGCUCGGAUGAGGAGCAGCACCGUUCUCUACCACAUCUCUGGUCACCUCCACAGCAGAGAGAAGAGCAAGAUUAAACUCAACAAGAAUGUGUUUGGGGACCUGCCUGCUUUGCCAGAGUACAAGGUAGCAGAUGCCAAGAAGUCCAAAUUCAUCCUGCUUCACUACAGCACAUUUAAAGCAGGCUGGGACUGGCUGAUUCUGCUCGCUACGUUCUACGUCGCUGUGACGGUGCCGUAUAACGUUUGCUUCAUCGGCGAUGACGAUGAUCUGACCCGCAGCACCACUGUCAGUGACAUCGCUGUGGAGAUACUGUUCAUAAUAGACAUUGUUUUCAAUUUUCGUACCACUUACGUCAGCAAGUCGGGGCAGGUGAUCUUCGACGCUCGACAGAUAUGCAUCCAUUACCUAACCACAUGGUUCAUCAUCGACCUGGUGGCUGCUUUGCCCUUUGAUCUGCUCUAUGCCUUCAAAGUCAGCGUGGUGUCCGUGGUGCACCUGUUAAAAACUGUGCGUCUGCUUCGCUUGCUGAGGCUGCUGCAAAAGAUGGACCGCUACUCGCAGCACAGCACAGUGGUCCUGACCCUGCUGAUGUCCAUGUUUGCCCUCCUGGCCCACUGGAUGGCCUGCAUCUGGUACAUUAUCGGCAAGAUGGAGAUGGAGGCCAAUGCCUACAACUGGGAUAUCGGAUGGCUCCAUGAGUUGGGGAAACGUCUGGAGUCACCGUACUUUGCCAUAGGAGGAGUUAAUGGGACUGGCAAUGGUCCCUCCAUCCGCAGCGUCUACAUCGCUUCACUCUACUUCACCCUCAGCAGUCUGACCAGCGUGGGCUUUGGCAACGUGUCGGCCAACACCGACGCUGAGAAGAUCUUCUCUGUUUGUGUCAUGCUUAUCGGAGCGCUGAUGCAUGCUUUGGUCUUUGGUAAUGUGACAGCCAUUAUCCAGAGGAUGUACUCACGCUGGUCCCAGUACCACACCAGAACCAAAGACCUCAAGGACUUCAUACGCGUCCAUCAUCUGCCGCAGAGCCUCAAGCAGCGAAUGUUGGAGUACUUUCAGACAACCUGGUCGGUCAACAAUGGCAUCGACUGUAAUGAGCUGCUGAAGGACUUUCCAGAUGAGCUGCGAUCCGACAUCACCAUGCACCUUAACAAGGAGAUCCUGGAGCUGUCACUGUUUGCCUCUGCCAGUCGUGGCUGCCUUCGCUCGCUGUCACUGCACAUCAAGACCUCGUUCUGCGCUCCCGGGGAGUACCUGCUCCGACAGGGCGAUGCUCUCCAGGCCAUCUUCUUUGUCUGCUCGGGCUCCAUGGAGGUGCUGAAAGAUGGCAUGGUGCUGGCCAUCCUGGGUAAAGGUGACCUGAUCGGAGCGAACCUGUCCUUAGAUGAUCGGGUGAUAAAAACCAACGCGGAUGUGAAAGCCCUGACCUACUGUGACCUGCAGUGUAUUAAUCUGAAAGGACUCUAUGAAGUGUUGGACCUCUACCCGGAGUACUCUCAUCACUUUGUCCAGGAUAUCCAGCAGGACCUCACAUACAACCUGAGGGAGGGACAUGAGACACAUGUGAAAGCAAGGCUGUCCACAUCAGCUCUGGAGACUCAGUCAGGGGUGAGAAGGAAUGGGCGAGUGGUUCAGGGCUAUCCGCCCAUCAUAGAGGCGCAGGAGGAACACGAGGAAGAUGCAGAGGAGGAGGAAGAGGAGGAACGAGAGGCCAUGUCUGUUUCUCUGGCAUCAGAGCAGAACCGAGCGGUGAACCUCAGGGAUGCUGGUGGUAGGUCUCCUCUGUGCCAGCCCAGUCAGAAGACCAUGGCUCAGAUCUCCAGUAGAUCUCGGAGGAAAAUCCAGGAAAUUAGUGUCACCGCUCUAGAUCCUUCCAGCCUCAGCCCCAGGAUAGUGGAUGGUACUGAGGACAGCGAGAGGACAGAGGGUUCCUUCUCCUUCCCUACUGGCCGAGGUUGUCCUGUCAAAGAACCAACCAGUGCCUCAGCCUCCACCACAGACUUGCUGCACAUCAGCACAGCAGAAUUAGCAGCGAAAGCAGAGGAGACCAGAGGACAACUGCGACACCUCGACCGGCAGGUGAGCACCCUCCGGAGGGAAGUGGCCGACCUCGGGCACGUCAUGAAGAGAAUGGCUCAGCUCAUGGAGACACUCAUGCCAUCAGUGCCACAACCUGCGGUCGUUUGCCCCACACACUACUCCCCGACACACCACGCCUACCUGCACCACCCUGCCUCCCCUCAGUCCUACCCGUCACCUUCGUCCUCUCAGACUGCCUCCAUCUGGGCAGACACGCCCAUGUCAUUGCCCUCCUCCCCCCUCACAGUUCCCCAGCAACAUGGUGUGGUCUGUCACGUGGACUCCCUCGCACAUAGACCCCAGGACCUCCAGCUGGGGUUCCCUACUGCCCCCAUCCCAGCUCAUCUUCCACCCGCCACCUCAUCAGCCCUCCAACUGCAGCCAUCCUCCAUCACCGCAGAGCCUCACAUGCCUUCCUCACCCCUCAGCUCACCAGAAUUUCCCCACUCCAUCAGGUCAAGGGUGCACAGUCCACCUCCGCAGGACGGGGGAAUGAGGGCCCUCUACAGAGCUCUGGGUGUUCUCCUCAAACUGGACUAGGGGGAGUCUACCACAACCCAACCACGGGUUUGUAGCAAACCUCCAUCAGAACUUUCCUGGAGCCUUUAUCCCAGGACAUUGUUUUUGGAGGGGAUAUAGUCCUGAACUAAAGAUCAGACUUAAUUGGGUCCCCCUCUAUAUCACUGGAAGACGUUUACAGGGACGCAACUUUUCUUUAAUAAAGGCACGUUUUUUUUUAAAAAAUCCAGUUGCAUGAAAUCAAGUACAGAAGGUUUAGGUGUGUUAGCUUUACCUUAUAGAAACUUAAACUUGUUAGAUGGUAUGUAGAGGUCUGGGUCAGUUGAGGAGCUGUACGGUGGCUCCUCCUCCUCCUCCACCUUAAGGCUCCUUCCAAGAGCGAUAAUGGAGUGCCAAGUGCCAUAAUGGAGGACGAGACAGAUGCAUUGGAGGAGGAGGAGGAGGAGAGAUUUCUUUCUGUGCUCUUUUUUUUUCUUUGCUCCUGAUUAGAGAUGGUUUCAGGCUGGCUGGGUUGUUUGGAAGAAGAAAAAGCCCCCCUCUGAUCCUCUAUCUCUACCAUUUCCCCUCCUUUUUAACCCCUUCUUCUUCUCCUUGCUCACUCAACCCGUGGCAGAUGCUCUGGAUUGUGCGGCUGGUUGUGGCUGGUUGGACUCAGGAUGGUGUGAGGAGAGAGAUGGGACCUAUUGUGCUCUUUACCGCUGGCCCUCGGGGAACAGGGGAGGGUGGAGGAAGUUGGUGAUGGAGGUGGUGGUUGGGGUAUGGUUUGCCUCGGGCAGAGCAGCCCCUGCUGUCGUCUGUCACACUGAGCACAGGGACUCUUCCUCCCUCUGUGUUUCUCUUUUCCAGUGUUUCUCUCCAUACACCUACUAUUCUCUCUCUCUAACGCCUUCUCCCUUCCUUUCUCUCUCUCUCUCUCUCUCUCUCUCUCUGCAUGCCUUUCCGAGCCUUUUGAGUAGUGCCUGUAGACACACAUUAACAUGCUGCAUGUCACCCUGUGGAAAUCCAGCUUGCCAUGUAUCUAUCUAUUUAAAGGAAACACGGUUCAGCCUUUUAAUAGCUGAACCUGGCAUUUACCAAUGCAUAUUUAUUGGAUGUGGGCUUGAUUUAAACAACUUGGUUAUUUUUAGCCACUAAGUAGUCGCCCCUGUUCUGAAGUGGCCUGGAGCAAACAUCACCAAGACUAAAUUGGUUCACCGUCCACAAUGUAGGUUAUUUCCCCCUGAUCAUCACCCAGGGUUACAAGCUCUGAGGUCCAUUUUCUCAGCUGUUUGGAACGAUGGCAAUAUUCCCACGUAAAAGCACAAUAAGGAAAUAAAGACGCUUUUAUAUUUCUAUGAAUGUAUCAAUACUAAAGAUGUAUUUUUUUACUUCAAAGAAUGCAAGAGUGUGGGAUGGCAGUACAUGAUGCUGCUGUUUCAGAGGUUAUGGCAGUGCUGUUUGCAGGUACCAGCCAAUGCAAUCCUAAACCAGGAAAAAAAAAAAAGGUCAUAACUCUUGUCCCGACAGAUCUACGGUUCUCUUUUUGAAUUCAUGUAGGUUUGACUCUGCUUCUCUGCAAAUGGAAUGUACUGUAAUCAAACUUUUUUCCCCUUAACAUUUUGAUAUUUAUUAGAUACAAAAUGUUAUGCUAAUAAACAAAAAACAUGACUGUUA